AUGCUGGGCAGCCAUCAGGGGUCCUCGGGCAGGUGGCUCCUGCAUGCCCGUCGCUCGAGGCUGUGUUGCGUUGGCACUAGAUGGCGCAAGGUACGGCUACUACGACGCAAAGACCAUGUCGAAGAUCAAGGAGGAGGAGAUGAAUGCAGACCUUCGAACGUUUGUAGCAAUCCGAGUACUUGCAGCACAAGUUGCAAGUAUGUCGCAAAGUACCGGGCCCAAGGGAAGCUGAGCUCAGCUUGCCAGAAUUACGUUGCGCCAAGGUGGACAGCAGCUUCCACAGUAGUGAUCGCAGUCAAAAAUCAGAGAAGGAUUAGUGUGGCUUUCACCCUGAGCGGAAAGGACGUUAUGUGGUGGACUGGGCUUACCGAGCCUCCAUCUGACAUUCUUGAUCUGUUGGAGUUCUUGAUCAGUCGUUUCAGCAACGUCGAUGAGGCCUUCCGCAAGAUCAUAAACACGAGCGACACGAAGACACCGCUCAUAACUUUGCGUGUCUUCCAGGCUGCGCUUGUGGCCUUGGACUGCGGUAAGUUCAAAGGUCCAGACGAGAACCAGCGCUUGGCAGCAAUCUUUCGGUACCUUGAUCCGGGAGGCGAGGGCAGCAUCUCCCAAAACGAAUGGCGUGUUCUGGGUCAGCUCUGGAAUGAGUUCGACCUCACGAUCCGUGAGUUCGUCCAGUUCCUGCAAAUUGCUUUCGGUGAGGACCUCCAAGAUGCCUGGGAGGCCUUGGAUGACGAUCAGAGCGGCGAGCUCUCAGAGGAAGAAUGGUUCGAGGCAGUUGAGAAGAUCGGCUAUUUUGGUCCGGCAAGGGUGAUAUUCGCUCUGCUAGAUGGAUCCGAUGACGGCGACAUCUCAGUGAACGAGUUCCAGGUCCUGGAGAAUUACAAGCCGAAGCCCAAAGCAUGA